AUGAGAAGUCCAUCAGUAAGACUGUCCAUGUAGGAGGAGAUUUGAAUAUCAGCUGUAAAUACCCAGAAUCCCUCAGGAGUGACCCCAAGUUUCUCUGCAAGACGAGGCUGCAACGUGCUGCUUGUUCUUAUAAAGAAUCUCUUAAAGAAAGUAGAAAAUAUGUAAAUGAGGGGAAAUUCUCCCUGUAUGAUGACAGAGAAACACAAAUGUUGACUGUGAGUAUUAGAAAUGUCACUGAGCAGGACUCUGGUGAAUACUGGUGUGGAGCUGAAGCAGCCUGGACAUCUGAUCAUGGAUACAGGGUUUAUUUCACACAGAUUGAACUGACAGUUGCUGUUUCAACCUCGAUACCAACACAACCUUCAUCAUCAUCAUCAUCAUCAUUAUCACCAUCUGAGCCUCCUCCAUCUUCUCUUCUAGCAGGAUUUCCAGCUUCCACUGUGAUCACUGUGUCUGUAAUUCUGCUGCUGCUUCUGAUUGGAGUCAUAUUCCUCAUUGUGAUUCUACAUAAGAGACGCAGGACGCAAAGCCCAGGAACAAUGACACCAACUUACAGAGAGACAAAUGGAGAUUAUGAAAAUGACCCAAACGUGCUUCAUUUCCAGUCAAGACAAAUGACCAACCAAUCAGAUUCGGUCUAUCAAAGUCUGAACCCCGACACCAACCAAUCAGAUUCGGUCUACCAAAGUCUGAACCCCAACACCAACCAAUCAGAUUCGGUCUACCAAAGUCUGAACCCCAACACCAACCAAUCAGAUUCAGUCUACCAAAGUCUCAAGUGUUAAACUGACCAGUUGGACACAGUUGGAGUCAGAAAUUGCCCUCUAACCAAUGAGAUUGUUGCUGCCAGAUUCUCUAUUAACCUGAACUGGCCUCUCAUUUGAAAAUUAUUCUAGUUUCAAACUAAAUUGUGAAAUAACCUGUCAAGAUCAGAUAAUGUAAAUGAAUAGUUUUUCAAAAAGCCAGUUUAUCGCUGUUCAGAAGUUUGCUAUAUGCUUGGAAACCAGCACAUGGAAGUGCUGAGAGCCUUCAUCCUCAUCCUGAAAUGUGGUCAAAUAAAGUGUAUAAAAGAUGCCAUUUCAUAUGUUGGAUAUCAUGUGUUCUGUGAUUAACUGAUGCUGAAAGUUUGUGCUUCUGGAUUUGUUUUGAGAGUCAGGAUUUGAGUUGUUCACAAAAUUACACACACCUCCUUCAAGUUACAUUUCUGAUGUGUAAUGAUUUUCAUAACCUCCAUGACACAGGGUUAGAGGUUAGUUAGAAGUUUCAGCUCAAUAGCCACGCUCAACAAUCAACAGUGAACAUUUAUUAUUAUUUAUUGUUAUUUUUAUCAUGAAUCAUCAUUUAUCAUUCCCUACUUUAAUCACUUUUAAUCAUUUUAUAUAAUCAUUUUCCAUAUUAAUGCUGUAAUGAUGCAUUUGCCUCCUAAUGUUUUUGGACCUUUGGGAUGAGUAAGCUUAGCCACACACUGAUUUUUACUGAUUUACUGAUUUACUUGUAAUUUCAUGAUUAUAAUGACUAUUCUCUGUCUUCCUUCUUUUCACUUUGAUUAUUAAACAUUUAAUUAAUCAUAAAGAGGAGUGUAGAAUAUUAUGUAUUUUAAACUCCACUCAAUGCUUCCUGUGUGUUGUACGUUUACUCCUUUACAUUUUGAGUACUGCAUCAAUAAUGGACUGUGGUUGCUAUGCGUUACUUGGUAGGAUCUAUUUUCUAGACUUAGGACACUUUGAGUUUCCAGCCACAGAGGGUUUGUAAGAAAGAGAGUCAAAGGUUACAGGUGUUUUGGAUGAUGAUUAAUGAUUAAAUGAAUAAAUGAAUAAAUUCUGUCUCCAUCCCUCCACUUUUGUGGCUGCCUGCAUCUCUUUAUGAAGAAAAAACUACACUAUGAAAUUCUGUGCUUCAGGUCUUUCUCCUGGUCAAAAUAACACACUUCCAAAAACUUGACAAAUGAAACAAAAGCAGCAGCAGCUGGAAUGGGAAAUGUUA